AUGGAGAUCACGGGGACUAUAAAAACGACAAUCGAUCUACUCAAAUUCCUCGAAUAUGUCGUUAAUUUCAUAAGGCGGGUUACCGGCAAAACCAAGAUGGAUGAAGUCGCUAAAGAGAUUAAGACCGAUCUCUCUCACCUGCAGCGUUUCCUUCUCGAUAUCAAGCAGCGUCAAGAACAUCUUCCGAUCUCUAACCAGGAUCAGACUUUACAAGGUCUUAUCAAGGACAUUAAAAGUAGAAUAAAUAAGGUUCAGGAGGUCUUGAAAGAUCUGGAAGCUUCUCACAAAGGCCAUGGUCGGAUUCUUCAAAUACUUUCAAGCGAACGGCAACAACAUCAUAUAUCGAGCCUUCUGGACAAGACAAGGCCCAUCAAUGAGCCGGACGAUCUCAUCGGCAUGGUUGUCGAGUUGGCCAAAGAAAUUGAAUCAGAGUUGUACAUCGUCAUUGACGGCAUCGACGAAUCUGAAGACGAUUGGAACAAGCUUUCACACGGUCCUCUUGGCCAUAUGGAAACGCUUUUGAAGGCCAACUCUCGGAUGUGGCUCCUCUUGUUUGUCCUGGAAUCAAAAUCUGUCAACAUGUAUUUGUGGAUCAAAUACAUCUUCAUCGAUUUGCGCAACGCGGGUAGCGAGCGGGAGAUUGAGGAAGCACUGAAUCGACGACCAGAUGACUUGAAUAGGCAUUACAGUCGCAUGCUGUCUAGUAUCAUGAUGAAACAUAAAGGAGAAUUAGUCAAGAGACGAUCAAAGGGCCGCUUCACUCUCAUCAUCGGAGCAUCGCGUCCCUUUACGAUGAUGGAACUUCUUCGCGCACAUGCAUUCGCCCUUCCACUAUCGCAACAGGCGUCCAGCUACCAGCCAAAUUUACUUAAACCAGAGAGCGUCAUUGAGGCUUGUGGCGGCUUCAUAAUCGCCGAUGACGGUGUCGUCCAACUGGUGCACACCUCUAUGCGAGAGUUUUUCCUCCGACCUUCCCAUCUCUGGGAGAGAUUGGAUGAAUAUGACAUUAAAUUCUUCCGUCUUUAG